UCCAAACUGUAGUUCAGUACUGCCGUAUAGGCUUGAUUAAGUCUUAAAGCUGACAUUGUGAGCUUGCUUCCAUUCUGUACACGCAUUUAAAACAUAUACCACCAAAGACGCUCGCUCACGCUGUGACGCUGUCGUGAAUUUUCCUAUUACAAAAUUGAUAUUGAAACGGACCUGUUACAUUCCACAAGUAAAUUGUCACAAGACUUGCAUGUCGAGCAGCCGACCGAGCGACAUUACAACUGUGCUUCAACCUUAUUUGCAAACGCUGCACAUUCGUCAACGCACGUUUGUGUUCUAAAAGCUCCUUGCAUUCACACUCAGGGAGUGGACCUAAAUAUCAUCACAAAACCUUCCAAAACGAUAUUUUCGCUAAGCUGAUUGCUUGAUUUGAAAUAUUUCAGCAGAUAUCUCGCCAUUGAUGAGAAAUAAGUUUGUCUUUGAUUGGUGAGAGCUAUAGAGAAAGUCUCACAGAGUGCGAUUUUGUGAAUUGAGGAAAUGUGGAGCAUUACAGGACUUGGUUUGAUUUUGAAUUUGUUUAUUUUGCUGGGUACUUCUACGGACAACAAUGCAAAAGUGAUCAAGACCAACUAUGGUUAUGUUCGAGGAAUUGUCAAGAAAACGAAUCUAAAUAAGAGGGAAGUUCUAAAAUUUCCCAACAUACCGUAUGCUGAACCUCCAGUUGGUCAAUUUAGAUUUGAGAAACCAAGACCUAAGUUGGCAUGGAAUGGUACAAUGAAUUUAACUGAAGAUGUUAUCGCUUGUCUUCAACCUCAGCAACCUGGAUUCACAAUAACUGAAGAUUGUUUAGUUUUGAACGUGUGGACACCAUAUCCACAACCUCGCAAUUCACUGACUGUCAUGGUUUGGCUACACGGUGGAGCAUUUCGUAUUGGCGCCUCGGGCCAAUACGAUGGAGCAAAUUUUGUCGCCCUGAGUGACGUUAUUCUUGUUACAAUCAAUUACAGACUUGGUGCUCUUGGUUUUCUCACAACACCCGACAAAAGGAUGAAAGCUAACCUUGGUCUCUUUGAUCAACGUUUGGCUUUAAAAUGGGUAAAAGAAAACAUCAAAAAUUUCGGCGGGAAUUCUCAGUCAAUCACCUUAUUUGGGGAGAGUGCAGGCGGUGCGAGCGUUUCAGCGCACACGAUAUCGAAAGAAAGUUUGAAAUAUUACGAAAGAGCCAUAAUUCAAAGUGGAAACAUGCUUAUGCCCUGGGCGAUCGCGACAGACAAGCAAUUGAGUGACUCCCUGAAAUGGUUUUUGGGUGAAGUGGAGUGUCCAGAUAACGGGGUUUUACUGGAGUGUAUGAAAAAUGUGAGCGAAGUCAAAUGGAAGCAAGUCACUAACAGGAAGAACUAUAUGAACAUAGUAAUGUUGCCCUAUGUCGACGGAGAAUUUUUUAUUGACCAUCCGCAAAAACUGUGGCAAGAAAAAAAGGUGCCACAAAAAGAUAUCAUAAUUGGAGUAACCAAGGAUGAAAUGUAUUUGUCCGUGCAGUAUUUGCUUUCGCACUCACGAAAUAUAAGUAUUUAUCUCAGUUAUUUCGAGAAGCGUUUGGAGGCGUAUUUCGGAAAAAACACAUCAAAAGCCGUCUACGACAAGGCGAGAGAGUUUUACAAACCCGCUUGCAUUCCUUCAUUCUUGGAAGCAAUGAAACCGAGUAUAGCGUUUGAGUCCGACGUAAUGUUUAUUUGUAGCAGCGUGGAAGAAGCCAAGCUGAGAUCAAACAUCUCAUCAAACAUGAUGAACGGCAGCAACUUGUACCUUUAUCUGUACUCACAUGUACCGUUGGUAACAUAUGAAACCUCCCUGUAUCCCUAUGGAAUAUUCGAGUUUUCAACUCAUGGUUUGGAUGUUUAUUCAGUAUUUGGUUGGCCAAUCAAUAAUACACAGUUUUUAAUCGAUGAUCAGACAUUGGCAAUGAGAAUGGUUUUAUACUGGACAAAUUUUGCCAGAACAGGAAAUCCAAAUUUGGGCAGAACUAAACUACCAAUUGUGUUGAACAAUAUCGACAGUUUACCAAAAUGGCCGAAGUACAGCAGUCAAAAACAAGAAUAUCUCGACAUGGGAAGUUAUUCAAAAAUGAGUGUUGGAACAAAACUGCGAGACAAACAUUGUGAAUUCCUCAAGGAUCCAAAAGCAUUUCUCACAGCAAGGUCCUCGGCAAAUAAACGAAUGAUUUCAUUGCUUGUCAUAUUUUGUGUAGCAAUCUCUGUAAAUAAACUAACAUAGUUUAUGUAACAUACUUCAUCAAGAUCCAAUAAAACUAUACAGUCAUCUUUUACCUUUUUUACUAGAUAUAUCAGAACACAUUGUACAACAAGUUUUUAAAUGUUUCUGUGCCAGUUGGAUUUCAGAAAUUGCCAUGUUUAAAAUUAAAGUUUGCUAGUAUUUGUUCUUCAAA